AUGAACCGGAAGGUACUGAAGUUGGAGAACUUGCUACGAUUUCACACUAUCUGUAGGCAGCUGCACAGCCUGUGUCAGAGAAGAAUGUUGGCACAGUGGAGGCCUGUGUUUUCAGCUGCUUAUGCAGCGCAGACAGCUCAGCUGUACACCCGGCCCUGGCAAACAGAUGCACUCAUCAGGGCUGCAUUAUCUCAACGUAGGCUUCUGGUGACAAAGAAGGAAAAAAGAUCACAGAAAUCUCCAUUACCUUCAACAAAAUCUAAAAAGGAGGUGGAGGUGUGGCUUGGAAUGACUGUUGAGGAGUUGGCCAGAGCAAUGGAAAAAGACAUAGACUCUGUAUAUGAAUCUUUAAUGAACACUGCUAUUGACAUAGAUUCACUAGAAACACACUCACAUUUAGAUGAAGUCUGGAUCAAAGAAGUGAUAAAGAAGUCAGGAAUGAAGUUAAAAUGGAGCAAAUUAACACAAGACAAAGUCAGGGAAAAUAAAGAUGCUGUAAAAAGGCCCCAGGCAGAUCCAGCUUUAUUAAUCCCAAGGUCCCCAGUUGUUACUAUAAUGGGCCAUGUUGAUCAUGGGAAAACGACGUUACUUGACAAACUGCGAAAAACUCAAGUGGCAGCAAUGGAAGCUGGAGGCAUCACUCAGCACAUUGGUGCCUUUCUUGUCUCUUUGCCCUCUGGGGAAAAGAUAACCUUUCUUGAUACUCCAGGACAUGCUGCUUUUUCAGCAAUGCGAGCCAGAGGCGCUCGGGUCACUGACAUUGUUAUAUUGGUGGUAGCUGCAGAUGAUGGAGUGAUGAAACAAACUGUGGAAUCCAUUCAGCAUGCCAAAGAUGCUCACGUUCCUAUUGUCCUUGCCAUAAACAAAUGUGACAAAGCUGAGGCGGAUCCUGAGAAAGUGAAGAAAGAACUGCUAGCCUAUGAUGUGGUGUGUGAGGAUUAUGGAGGCGACGUUCAAGCAGUGCAUGUCUCUGCACUCACGGGCGAAAACAUGAUGGGUUUGGCAGAGGCAACUAUUGCUCUUGCAGAAAUGUUGGAAUUGAAAGCAGACCCUACUGGUGCAGUUGAAGGAACAGUAAUAGAAUCUUUCACAGACAAAGGAAGAGGUCCUGUUACUACAGCUAUAAUUCAAAGAGGAACUUUGAGAAAAGGCUCCAUUCUGGUUGCUGGAAAGAGUUGGGCAAAAGUACGCUUAAUGUUUGAUGAAAAUGGCAGAGCAGUCAAUGAGGCCUAUCCUAGCAUGCCAGUGGGAAUCAUAGGCUGGAGAGACCUCCCUUCUGCAGGAGAUGAAAUUCUUGAAGUAGAAUCUGAGCCAAGGGCACGUGAAGUUGUUGACUGGAGAAAGUAUGAGCAAGAACAGGAGAAAAAUAAAGAGGAUUUAAAAUUAAUAGAAGAAAAGCGAAAGGAACACCAAGAAGCACAUCGGAAAGACCGCGAGAAGUAUGGCACUUUGCACUGGAAGGAGAGAUCAUAUAUAAAGUACAAAGAGAAAAGACAGCAGCAACCCUUAAAGCUGAAAGAAAAACUAGAAAGAGAUUCAAAUGUACUUCCAAUAAUUGUUAAAGGUGAUGUUGAUGGUUCUGUUGAAGCCAUUUUGAACAUUAUGGAUACCUAUGAUGCUUCACAUGAGUGUGAACUAGAAUUGGUACAUUUUGGUGUGGGUGAUAUUAGUGAAAAUGAUGUCAACCUUGCUGAAACAUUUCAUGGUGUUAUAUAUGGCUUCAAUGUGAAUGCAGGCAAUGUUAUCCAGCAGUUGGCUGCAAAAAAGGGAGUAAAAAUUAAACUUCACAAAGUCAUUUACCAUCUUAUUGAAGAUUUGCAGGAAGAACUGAGCAGCAGAUUGCCCUGCAUUGUGGAAGAGCACCCAGUAGGUGAGUGUUCAUUGAAUGCUACCUUCUCUAUAACAGAAGGGAAGAAAAAAGUUCCUGUGGCUGGCUGCAGAGUCCAAAAGGGACAGAUAGAAAAGCAAAAAAAAUUUAAGUUAAUCCGCAAUGGACAUGUUAUUUGGAAGGGCUCGUUAAUCUCACUGAAACACCAUAAAGAUGAUACUUCAGUUGUCAAAACUGGAAUGGACUGUGGUCUUAGUUUGGAUGAAGAAAAGAUAGAAUUUAAAGUGGGAGAUGCUGUUGUUUGUUACGAAGAAAAACAAGUUCCAGCCAAGACUUCUUGGGAUCCAGGAUUUUAA